CCCACAUCCAAUCUUCUACAAUCACUACAUAGGGGUCAUCAGUUAUUAGCAAACAAUUCCUGAAUCUUGUAUAAUCGCUCUUUCAGUCCCACCACCAAUCUCCUUUCAGUUUCAAACUAUAUUUUAUAUUACAAUGUCAAAUCCUCCUUCUCAACUCUUCCGCCUCAUCCAACAUACGGCUACGAAACCCCGCAAUCCCAAGCAACUUUCCAACAAUUAUAAUCUACAGAUCUCCUGCAACGUCAAACCAAAUUCCUCCGCAAAUCACCAAGGCGUCAUAGCUGUUGGUCCCGAAAAAGUGGACGUUUGCGUGGCUGCGGUCCCACGAGACGGUGAAGCCAACGCGGCCGUAUCCCGUGUAUUUGCUCAGAUCCUGAAAGUCCCCAAAUCUACAGUCGAAGUCAUUCGAGGUCUAAAGUCGCGUGACAAGACGCUUUGUGUCUCUGAUUUAGAUAUUGGAACGGAAGGUGAAGAAAACUUCAUACAACAAGUGCGCCAGAAGCUGGAAGAUGCGAUAAUUAAGAAAUGAGAGUAUUAACUGAGUCCUACCCCGACCCGACGAGAGGUUACGGCAAGGUAACUGUGCUGUGGGACACCAGCGUGACAUCACGGGAAUUCUCCACACUUUUUUUUUUUGUUAACGCCGAUCU